UAAUUCUCGAUGUGGCAGACACCUCGUGAAUAGUGGGAUGCAUCUUCCGCUCGUCAUUUGACCGACACCCUGCCGCCCCUCUCGCGCUGAUCCCCCUCUCGCCCGUCGCGUCGCCGAUCUGAUCGUCGUCGGUCUCGUCGUGAUCGGACGACGGAACAUUUGCAGAUCAAGAAAAAGGUAUUCUGAAUGACAUCAAAAGGAGACUCCAGCAAAUUGUAAAGCUCCAUUGUUGUUUUUUACCUCCUAUCAGAACAAGCCACUUUGGUUGUUAUAAUUUAUGCUUUUGUAAGAUGUCUCUGAAAUUAGAGGACAAUGAAGUAGACAUCGUCGUUGCUGCACUCCGUCCUAACCUUAAUACUUUUCUGGAGGAAUGGCGAUCAUUCUUUUCCAAUUUCCACCUUAUUAUUGUAAAAGAUCCUAACUUGGAAGAGGACCUUCAGAUUCCCCCAGGGUUCGACCAUCAGGUGUAUACUAAAUCUGACAUGGACAGAGUUCUAAAUGGUGCUUCCAUUAACUUCUCUGGACAUUCAUGCCGCUACUUUGGGUAUCUCAUUUCUCGAAAGAAAUAUAUAAUCUCAAUUGAUGACGACUGCCUUCCAGCUAGGGACAACUCUGGUGUCAUAGUUGAUGCUGUGGCACAACACAUAUCCAACCUCCAGACACCUGCCACGCCGUUCUUCUUCAAUACACUCUAUGAUCCAUAUCGUCAGGGUGCGGAUUUUGUCCGUGGGUACCCAUUCAGUUUGCGUGAUGGUGUUGAAUGCCUGUUAUCAUGUGGUUUGUGGCUGAACAUAGCUGACUAUGAUGCUCCAACUCAGAUUGUCAAGCCACAUGAGCGGAACACUCGUUAUGUAGAUGCAGUAAUGACUGUUCCGCUCAGGGCAAUGAUGCCGUUGAGUGGAAUAAAUAUUGGAUUCAACAGGGAGGUGCUAGGGCCUGCAUUGGUUCCAGGACUGCGGUUAGACGGGGAGGGGAAGCGAAGAUGGGAAACUAUAGAGGAUAUAUGGUCAGGAAUGUGUGCGAAAGUGAUUUGCGACCACUUGGGAUGUGGUGUGAAGAGUGGGCUGCCUUACGUAUGGAGAGGUGUCGGUUCAGACGCAGACAACGCUAUGGAUAGUCUGAAGAAGGAAUGGGAAGGGGUGAAGUUGAUGGAGGAGGUAGUUCCCUUCUUCCAGUCUGUGAAGUUCCCGAAGACUGCAGUCACAGCAGCUGAUUGUGUGAUUGAAAUUUCAAGGAUGGCAAGGGAGAAUCUAGCAAGUCUGAAUCCAGUAUACGCACAAGCAGCAGAUACCAUGGAAGCAUGGGUCGAUCUCUGGAAGGUUGCUGGAUCCUGAUAGACUGUAAGGUGGAUACUUAUACUCUUCUGAUGCUAUUUAUCUUAUUCUCCUUUUCCGCUUUGCUUUAUGCAGUUAUUUCCGCAGGUCAUUUAAAUGUCAUUUUACUUGACAAAAUAAAUCUGCUUUAUUGCUAGAAGGUGCUUUUUAUUUAGUUUU